AUGUCGUCCCUUAUGACUGCAGCCGAGGCUGCCAAAGCCGCUCGAGGCAGAAUGACAGGUUUGCGCGACAGCAAACUGGAGAACCUCGGACCGGAGCUGAAGAACAUAAUCGCCGGCUUCUGCGACGCCAAGUCCGUCAUGAACCUAGCCUUGUCCGGCAUCGUCUUCUACGACCACAUCAAGCGACAAGAGCGACCCAUCAUCAAGGGAAUCCUCGCUUCUCAAAUCGGCGAAGAUGUUUUGCGACUGGCCGCGGCCCGACAAGAGACGUCCGGCUGGAACCGCAUCCACAGCCCACGAUCCGACGAGGAGGACAGUAAAUGUGUCACCCGAGUCAUGGACUGCUACCUCUCUCGCACCAGUCCCUCCCGCGCCAAUACCUUCAGCAUGAGCCUUGGCGACGUCGCGAAACUACAGUCGUUCCAUUCGGUCAUCCUGUAUUACGCUGAUGUCCUGUCCAGCAUUGCCUUGUACGACGCACCUGGCCCUCUUACAGAGUGGCACGCUCAUCUCCCACACCCCAUCAACUGCGUCUCUCCCACCGAGUUUCGCCGCUUUGUUAAGGCCCUGUACAUUUUCGAGCUUGUCGGAAACCUAUUCAAGAAAGAGUACAUGCACGAUGAGGACCCUAACAUGUACGUUGCUAAUCAGGAGUUCUGGGGCCACUUCGCGCCCUGGGAGCAGCAGCAAGUCCGUUGCGUGCAGACCAUACUGCUAAGACAUCUGAGCUAUGUCGUGAAGUCGCCCGUAGAAUCGAACUUCGCCAUCUACCCGGGCCUCGAGAACCUCCAUCGCAACGAGAUAGCCGGCGAUCUGCCGAUGAUGCACCGGGUCUUCCGCGGGUUCCUCGGGGACUUCCAGCUCGGCCGCCGCGCAUGGUACUGCGGGCCCGAAGACCCGUGGUUCGAGCGAUCCCCCAGCGGAUUCUACGUGAGCCUCGACCUCAGCGAGACCCUUGAGAAGUUUGGCGAGGCCGAGACCGGCCCCCAGGACACCUGGCUCUACCUGGAGCUCAAGCCGUACAUGGACCACCGCGCCUUUCACCCCGACGAAGACAUCCACUUCGACUGCUACUGGUGCAUGGCGCGUUGGGGAUAUGUGUUCUGGUCGCGCGACAAGAUCGACUGGUAUGCGCCGUUCGAGAUGCCCACGACCCAGGAGAUGCUGGAUCUGGCGCAGGAUGUCAGGGUGCGCGCGGAUGCAUUUGAGAGAGCUGUCGAGGACCGUAACAAUGGCCCCUGCCUCGGACAUGAAGAGUACUAGGUAGGGACCCGCCUAUGUAUAUGUGUAGCAGCAGCACGGGUGUCAACAUUGAGCUUUCGUAGAGCUCGGGCUGUAAUUACACAUAUCUCGCGCCUUGGCGUUGCUUAGAUG